AUGAAACAAAAACAGCAACAAGAUUCCAGCAUGCAUACUACCACUGCUACUACUACUGCUCAGGAUAACAGUGAUAAUGAUAAUAAUAAUAACAAUAAUAAUAAUGAUAAUAAUUCAUCCAAUGUCAAUAAAUCUGUUUAUUUAAUUAACAAUAAAGGACAGGAACAGAAGAAGAAUAAGCAUAAGAAGACAAUAAUUGCAUGUCGACAGAAAUCAUUAAAUAUGAAUCAACAAAUACGAACGAAUGAAAAAUUCGGUCAAAAAUUAGUAUUAACCAAUCAGAAUACACUGGCUAGAAUUGAAAAUUCCCUUAGUUUAACAAUGAAUUCACAUGAAUACGAACAUUAUUCACGAUCAUCAUCACCACCACCACUACAACCGCCUGCUGUUCCUGUCUCUGUAGACACUGCUGCUAUUAUUAUUCACCAGAGUACUAGUACUAGUUUAUAUGAUAAAAAUGAUUAUGGUAUGCGAAAACAAAUGAAACAUACAAGUAGUAGUGGUAGUAAUCGUUCUGGAAAGUUAACUACUAUAUCUAGUGAACAUGAAGGCAAACAGAGAUCAUAUGGAUUACGUAUGGAUAUUAAUAAUAAUAACAAUAUUAAUCAAGAAUUAAUUCAAAGAAUUCAUACGACAACAAUAUCAUCAGUAACCCCGUCGACAACAGUGACAACAACCACAAUGGGAACUAGUCUACCAACUGGUUCAGAAAUACCUGAGUCAAAGUAUUUAAAUCAAUCUGAAAAUACUGAAAAUAUGUGUUUAUUUGGACGUGUUACUAUUGAAAUAAUGAAAGAUGAAAAAUCGAAUUUAGGUUUAACUGUUUCAGAUGGAUCUAGCCAAGGUGAAGCACCAGUUAUUUUGAAUAUACGUCCUGGAAGUAUUGCAGACAGAAGUGACUGUUUCCUGCCAUACGAUCAUAUUUUAUCAAUAAAUUUCUCAAGUGGUUCAGGUGAAACUUCAAACUCAGGUAAACAAUUUGGAUCAAAAAUACAAAUGGAGAUUGGCUAUGAAUUACCUGCACUACCUCCUGUUGGAUGUAUUGUUAAACAUAUGGUUAUAAAUUUAAAAAUCGGAUCUGAAGGUGUUGGUCUUGUGAUUCGUGGUGGAUGGAAUAAAACACCAGCGCUUAUUCGACCAUUAACUGUAAUGCAUGUACGACAAAAUAGUGCUGCUGAUUGUGAUGGACGAAUCAAACCCGGAGAUCGUAUACUCACUAUCAACAGUAUUCACACGGGACAACUGACUUGUGAAGAGGCAGUGAAAUUAAUCCAAAGUGUUAGAAAUCAUUUAACUCUUACUAUUGAAUAUAAUGUAGCCAAUUUUGAAGAAGAUCGGCGUAUAUCAGGUGCAGUUGUUGUUGAAAUUGAAAAACCAGCUAAUGAAGAUUUGGGAAUUAGUCUGGCUCCUUGUCAUGAAGUGAAAACAGGGCAGAAUGCCUUCUUUAUCGAUAGCAUUCGACAAGGAAGUAUAGCAGACAGAUGCGGAGCCUUAUUUGAAGGUGAUCGCGUUGAAUCUAUAGAUGAUAUUUGUGUAGAGAAUAUGAAAUUACAAGAAGCAAUGUAUAGACUAAAAAAUAACGGUCUAAAUGUUAUACGCCUACAAAUUGUACCAAAUGCUAUUGUGAAUUCAGAGAAACCAAUACAAAGUAAUUCAGACUGUUUAAAAUCUUAUCGUUCGAGAUCAUCAGUAACACCAGGUACUACUACACCAACAGCAGCAUGUCGAUGUGAAGAAGUUGAAGUACUUCUUGAACCUUAUGAAUACAUAGGCUAUGGAUUCACAUUGACAUCUUCAAUACCAAAUCAAUUCUCUUCAGAAUUAACCAGUUUUCCUUUAAUUGAUCAAAUUGAUCCUCGUGGACCUGCAUUUAAGUCUGGUGUUAUUCAAGAAGGUGACAGAGUAAUAUGCAUCAAUGGUCAAUCCACACUCAAUAGAACUAUUGAUGAACUUAUUCAGCGAUACCUACAGCCAAUUGACUUUGAAAAGAAAUAUUUCCGUGUUCAAUCGCUGACACUAUUGAUACAGUAUACUGUAGCGGAUUCAGUUGUUCCAGCAACUGGAAUUUUUGAUGUUAAACUGAUUAGAAGAUCAGCAAGUUUGGGUAUUAAUUUGCAAGCAUCGAUCAAUAAGACAGCUGGACAACCGCUGUUAAUUAGUAAAGUUAUACCUGGUAGUGUAGCAAGUCGGAGUGGUUCCAUAAAUCCUGGUGAUAUCCUGUUAGCUGUCAAUGGUAUACAUCUAUCGUCGUGUAGUCUUUCUGAGGCUAUACAACUUCUACAAUCACCAGAUGAAGAUAUUAUAGUACUGAGAAUACAAAAGAUGGAUACAUUUUCAACUACUCCGGGAAUGACAAUUAAACAUGGAUCAGACAGUUCCGCUUUGCAUGAUUAUCCUUAUGAUGGUCUACAACACCGACAUUAUCAUCCUCAUCAACACCAACAGAAAACAUCUUAUCGAAAAAGUUUCGAUGAAAAUCUAAUUAACAAAUGUACAAAAUCCGAUACACACUAUAGGUCAGUUCAGAAUGAAGAUUCAGAUGACCGCGGAUAUUCAAAUGAAGAUGUGAAAAAGCUGUCGGAUAAUAAUACAUCAUCACUAUCAUCUUUUCCGCCGAGUCAGUCUACACGUAGAUCACACCAACAUCAACAUCAUCAACAUUCUACAACACCUUUUUUACAACAGUAUCCAAUAGAAAAGCUGUUUCCAAGUGAAUCAGAAGAAACAAGAAAACUAUACAAACAUGGUGAUCGUAACACUGGCAGUCCUACACAUCAAGAAUAUCAGCAUCGAGUUAAUCACUGCCAAAAUGUAAAAAGUCAAAGGCUUAAUCAAGAAGAGCUAGACAAUGUGCUUAGUCAUUGCAUGAAUUUAAAACUAGAUUCUGCGAUCGAACCUGAUAUGAAUGUUGUACAAGUGAUAUUAAGACGAAAAUCACCUGAUUGUCCUUGGGGUAUUACAAUAUGCGGAACUGAUGAUGCACCAGAUAUCCCAGUUCUAAUUGAUUCAAUCAAUCCUGGUGAUCCUGGUGGGGAAUGUGGUUUAAUUCAACCUGGGGAUCGUAUAUUAGCGAUAAAUGGUAUCACAUUGCAUAAUGGUCAUACACUUACACAGGCUAUGCGUAUGUUACAACAUUUCCCUGAUAAAGUGAUAUUGCAUAUAGCGCGUAAAUCAAAUUUCUCCUCAACAACUAAUAACUCUUUAUCGAUUCCUACUAGUGCUAUUGUUACAUCUGGUGGUGUUAGUAUUGUGCAAAAUGAACAGUCAACUAACAAAAUGACCGGUGAAAUAAUUAAUAAACAAACAGAAUGCCUUAAUCAACCACCUCUAUCGAGAAAAUGUACACUUGUAAAGGCUGUUGCAACAAGCAAUUUCAGUAGAUCAUUUGAUUCUAUAUCAAACAGUUUCAGUUCAAAUUCAGUAUCGAAUAAUUAUUCUGACGGUCAGCCUAUCAUUGGACGUAAUAUUAAUAAUAAAAAUGCCAACAAUAAUAUCAAAGUAUACAAUUCAGGACAUUACUGUGACGAAAUAAAACAGUCUGUACAAAAGUCAAAGACAAUUUACGAUUCUAAAAGUGCUGCUCAAGUUAUGGAUACGUCAUGGAUUGUUUCCGGUAAUCAGUCAGAGAAAAAUACUGGUAAAGAACCAAUUACUUCCAGUCGUUCCGUAUCAAAACCAUCAACGACCGUUUUGAGUUCAACGUCUGGUAUGCAUGGCGAGAUAAGUGCUAAAUCCAUACCUGUGGAGAAUUUGAAUUUAAAAGUGCCUUCAAACAAGGCUCGAUCACAAAAGACUAAAUCACACCAUCGUUGUUCUUCAUCAUCAUCUAGACGUGCAAAUCAACCGACUGUAUCACAACAACCACCACUUCUACUGCAAUCAUCUUCUAACGAUGAACCUCAAAUCACAGAAAAAGAAAGAUCAAAGUAUUCACAACCAUUUGUUCAACAAUACUUAGAUCCUACACUAGGUGAAAUAAAUGAUGAUAAUACACCACAACAUUAUAAUGAUUCUAGUCAUUACACAGUACACCCUCCUCCUGAACAUCAACGACACCCAUAUUAUACAAAUCAAAAGUAUGCAAGAUCAUACACAGAUUAUCUUCAAAUGGACUUGAAUUUUAUCCAGUGUUCAGGUUGUAGAAAAGCGAUUGAAAAGGAUAUUAAAUAUUACUUAUCAAGACAACAAAAACCAUUUGAAGGACCACGAAGAGCUUCUUCAUCACACAGAAAAGAUACAACUGGAUCAACAUCUGAUGCACAGCUUGCAUCUAGUCACUUUGAACCGGAUUUCGAUAAUGCUCAACUUCAUCAUCAUCAGCAACAAUAUGCACAAAUACACUAUUCAUCAGGAAAUAAUAAAUCAACUGCAAAUCGAAUGGUAGCCUAUGAACCAUCGACUUCUCACUAUGACCAACAACAUCAACAACAACAAACACCGCUAAAACAACAUUCCAAUUAUGCAGAAGAAAAUAGUCAAGUGAAUAAAGGAAAAAUUACUUCUUCACAUAUGCUCACUGAUCAUCAUUCAAAAUCUGACAGUCGAUUAGAUUUGAUCAGAUCAAUAGAUCUAAGUGAUGACAGCUCAGAUGUGGAUAAAAGAAAUAGCUUAAGUGUUACUUAUCCAACUAAACAGAUAGCUAGAUCUUCGCAGAUGCCUACACCACAGAAUAUAUAUAACUGUCAGUCUCCUGCUUUAGAUAAAACAGUCUCAAGAAUUAAAUCAAACACAUUAGGAUCACCAAUGAAUAUUAAAACUACCCAAUCACAAUUUCCUAGUAGCAUUCAAAGAUCACAUUCUAAAAAAUCUAAAUCGAAUAAAACAUCAAUUGCGAAAAGCUUGAAACAUGACCACUUUACUGAAUUGAAUACUUGGUGUACAUGGAUUCGAUUAAAGAAGACAUCAACUACAGAUUCAUAUGGUAUAGGUGUAUCUGAAGGUAUCUCCACUUUGGGUAUAUUUGUCAGUGCAAUUCGUCCAAAUUCACCAGCUGAUUUAUCUGGUAAACUUUUUCUAUACGAUCGAAUUUUAAUGGUGAAUGAUACUCCAGUUGACAAUUUAACCUGCAGUGAAGUAGUAAAUCUUAUCAGUCGAUCAGAAAAACGACUAGAUCUGUUGAUACAACGUCGUAUAACAAAACAAUCUCAGCGAAGUAAACAUUCACAUCAGAAUGAAAUGGUUGAAUUUUCUAAUAAAUCCUCACACAGUGGAGGGAGUGGAGUAAAAUCUGGCGUUGUGUGUACAUCUUCCAUUGAUAGUGAGCAUAUAAAUAUCACAGCUUUAUAAACUUUAUCAUUCCUCUUUUUCAAGGCUUCCAUAGUCUUUAUGAUGAAACAUUGUUUUGGGUAGAAAUUUGAACUGUUACAAUUCAACAAACACAACCCGAUGUAGCAUUUUGAUAGCUAUGUACAUAUAAUAAUAACCAUUUUCUGUUGUUGCAUAAUGCUACUACUUACAACUUUAAAAGUAGUUUGAAAUUUCUACCAGAAAUAAUAACCUAAUUGGUUUUUUUUUCAGAUUGCUACUUUUAAAUCAACCAUAAAUCUUUAUUUCUUCUUCCUUUUACAAAUACUACUUUAGAUCGCCAAGUAGUGAUAUUUUCAAAAUGUCUCUACUUUUAUUUUUGUGUUAAUUUUAGUCGUAUAAUGUCAUCAGUCCAUUUGAGUGAAAGAGUGAAACAAUACAUAUAUAUAUGCUUCUUGUACAAAAUAGAUGAUUAGAUUUCUUUUAGUUAAUUGUACUUCAUUCAUAUACAUUCAGUGGAACACAAUCUGUUUGUGUGCAUUCAAAAUGAAAUUUAGUAUUCAGAAAUAAAUUCGAUAAAAUAAUUACAACUUUAGAUAUAUGCUUUAGAAAAUUAGGAAUUAAUUCCAGUACUUUUAUGAUGAUCACUGAAUUAUUCUGUUUAGAUCUACUCUUCGUUUUCUCAUUAGCAGUGAUAAGUUUCAUCAUUUUUCAGACCCUGUGAAUCUAUCAUCAUUUUUUUUACUGAAUGAUUCUGUCAC